GUCGUUUGCUGUGCUCUUCCCACGCAAUCUCGCUGCUUUGCGCGCUGCGUCGCGCGCUGCUUCACGCGCCGAUUGCCUGCUUUGCCCCUGACGCCUGCUUGCGUUGGUCGCUCACUCACGUAAACAAUCAGAGGCAGUGGGAAGAGCAACAGUCGGUGCGUCCAAGAUGAAACCAAUGGCCUGGAUGAAAGCAGUCCCUGCACAGAGAGGGGUGAACAAAGGAUGAAGGCAAAGGUGGUGCAAGGUGGGACGCAACUUGUGUGUGUGUGUGUGUGCUGCCCCUUUGGCGCAACAAAGGCCAACCUUGCCUUUGGGAUGAAAGGGCUGGCUUCGCGCUCGUUGGACCACCACGCAACGAUCACCACAUGCAAAGGUCGCCAUAAUUUUGUGCUGUCGAAGGACCAGUCAGGCUGACGAAACCAACUCGCUCGCGAUGCUGCUGAGCGGGAAGAGUGUGCUCGUGACUGGGGCGUCCUCAGGCAUUGGCCUGGCCACUGCUCGCGUACUCGCGCGCGAGGGCGCAAAGGUCUGCGUCACUGGUCGUGACAAGCGGGCCCUCAAGGCCAUUGCAAACGAGAUCAAAGCGCCUUUCGUGGUGGCAGACCUCACCAAGGAUGGAGAGUGUGAGCGCACCGUCGCUGAAGCAGUGAGUGCGCUGGGCCAGGUGACGUCGCUGGUCAACUGCGCGGGCGUGCUGCGCGGCGGCGCCAUCGGCACCCCUGCGUGCGACAUCAACAACUACCUCGACAACUUCAACAUCAACACACGCACCGUCUUCGAGAUGAUCCACCACGCUGUGCCACACCUCAAGGCUGCGGGCGCCACAGCCAACCCCUGCAUCGUCAACAUCACCAGCGUCAACGGCAAGCAGAGCUUUGGCGGCUGCGCCAAUUACUGCGCCAGUAAGGCGGCUGCGGACAUGCUGACGCGCUGCGCUGCUGUUGAUCUGGCACCGUUUAACAUUCGCGUCAACAGCGUCAACCCAGGCGUCGUCAUGACAGAGCUCCAGAAACGCGGAGGUUUGACGGACACGGCGUACAGAGACUUUGUGCAGCGGAGCAUUGAGGUCACGCAUCCAAUCGCAGCCGCUCGCGGCAAGGUUGGGCAGCCCGAAGAAGUGGGGGACCUGAUUGCGUUCCUGCUCAGCGACAAAGCCACCUUCAUCACGGGCGAGUGCAUCGCCAUUGAUGGCGGACGCCAGUGCCUCGGUGCUCGUUGAUGCCCGUGCACACAUGCACCCGGCCACGAUAUUGCCCUUGUCGUGCUGUCAUCGUCGUCGUGUUGCUGCGCUGGUCACCGUUGAGCGCACUGCGGCUGUACGUCAGCGCGUGUGUUUGGCGUGGCUUUGCCCAAUAAACAAAACACACCACCACCA